AAGAAUCAUGGAAAAUGGAGGGGAGAAAGUGAAGAAAGAGAGAGAGAGAAGAAGGUCAUCGUGCUUUCUGUGUGUGAGAAGACCGCUUUAUCUGAGGAUCUCUCUCUCUCUCUCUCUCUUCCGUGUAUCUUCCUCCGCAAUCCUUUUCUUUUUCUUCCCCUAACGACAGGAUUCUCUCUCUCUCUCUCUCUGGUGUUUACCUGUGGCCCCGCGUCCGCAGCAGCAGCGGCGGCGGAACCGGAAUGACAGAGGAUUAGAUAUAAUCUCUGUCUCUCUAUCUCUCUCUCUUUUUCUCUUCCUCUAGAUUCAGAUGGUGCUCUUGGAUCCGGUGCACGACCAGGCCUUCGGUUGGGACUGAGACUCUGGCGCCGGCCGGAAUUCUUGACUGCUCCGGCGACGUCCCUUGGUGGUCCUCCUUUUGGUGCAUUGUCUUCCGGGAAGAAGGCGAGGGCCAUGUGUUCGGGGCCGUACGAGGCUGGGGCCUUGGCAGUGAAUCGGCUCCCACUCCUGCGUCUCCCUUCUGUGGGUCUCGGACACUGAUAAAGCGAUGUGAGGAGGUAAACUGAAAGUCUGUCAACAUGAGUGAUGAUAGUGCAACCAUAAUGAAGAUCAACAUGUUCUAGCCAGACCAUAAGAAGAGAUUGAUAUGAUGUUAGAGCCUGAUGAUGGCGAUGAGUUUCACGAACUGGAGUCUGGCCAUAAUUGCUGGUGGAAAUAUGUCUUCAUAAGAUUUUAUUCAUCUCACCUCAGCUAGUAUUAGUGGUGCCUACUAUUCUGUCGGUAGGAAUGGGAGCAAAAGUACAAUGUAACAGAUACCUGCCUGCGUAUUACCACAUGAAGGAUCUGAAUGAUGAUGUUAGGAGUACUAUUUGCUCACAAUUUUAUGAAGAUCGGAUCUUUGCUGGGGGACAAUACUGUAAUGGUUUCAUGCAGCAGAGUGCAGACGGUUAUUCCGAAUAUGACAAGGAGGUACUCAAACAGACAAUGCUUGAACAUGAAGCCAUAUUUCGGAAGCAGGUCAGUGAAUUGCAUCGCCUAUAUCAGGUACAGAAGGAUUUGAUGGAUGACUUGAAAAGGAACAAAGCAAGCACAUACUCCUUACAGAUGGAAGCCAUGUUUGAUGGCCACCAUCUUUCCCAAAUAAAGUCUGCUGAUCCAUCUAGAUUUUGGCAAGCGUCUAUGCCAUCUGUUGCAUGCUCAAGUUCCAGUAGACCCUCUGUUUCAGACAUGAAAAGGACUUGCUCUCCUUUGGAUCUUUUAAAAGAGAAUGGCAUACAAAAAGUACCUACUCCAACCCAUAGUAUUAAGCAAGAAUCCUGUGAACCUCUUAAUCUGCAAAGGAAUAAGAGUGCACGGAGAUCUAUUGACCUUCAACUUCCAGCUGAUGAAUAUAUUGACAUUGAAGAUGAGGAAUUGUCAGUGGAGGAGGUAAAAGUUCCUGAUCGUGAUCUUGUACUUGAGAGUGAGGUAAAACUAACUCUUGGCACUGGGUAUAGUGAAAAUGCAAAGAGUGGACAAAAAAAAUCAGGCAUAUAUUCAGCAGAUGGGUUCCACAGUCACCAGAAAGCAGGGUCAAACAAUACCUAUGAAGCGUCCUGUCAUAAGGACAUUGCAACUUCCAGCUUUAGAGUGCCAGGGGUAUUUCCUGGUGAAGUUCGAGCCAGACAACGAGUCGUGGAUCCAAGUCCUGCUGCACCGCUAAAGGAUUGCGUUAUGGAAGAUGGCAACAGGCGUUAUUGGAAUUUUUUGGAAUCAGAAUGCAACGGAAUCAAAGAGCAUUACAAAAGCACAGGUGCUCCAUUUUUCCAGAGUGUUAGGAAUAAUGACCCAGUUGAUUUUAGUAAAUCACGUGAACCCCCAGCAUUUGUUUUGCCAGAACAGAGACAAAAGGAAUUAUGGUUAAAAGAUACAGAAAUGCUGAAGAUGAAUGUUGCAGUGACCAAUCCUGCAAGAGACAUAAGGCCAACUUCUUUGGCUGGAACCUCCCCAGCUGUUGCUCAAUCUGGUCCGACUAGUAGUGGGUCUCUGGAAAUUUCUUCCUGGAGAAGGUCUAAGAACACCAUUAAUCAGUUACCUUUUGGAAUUCAGUCACAAGCACAUUUUGAUGGACCUACAAGGAGAGAUCUUCCUGGCAAAACUACCUUUCAACCUUUUCAGAGUACAGAGAUUUAUAAAGAGAAGUUGUGUCUUGGUGUCACUUCAACUCCUCAUCAGGGUCUUGGCCAUGAAGUGCCACUUUGUAACAGUAUCGACCUGUCUAAGCCAGAAGCAAGUGGAUCACGGUCGUGCUCCUUUCUUCGCCUUGAGAAGCCAGAUUUGAAUACUGACAACAACUUUAGUUAUGAGCACCCAGAAGGCAAUGGUCCUAGGAAAAUUAUGAAGGAAUUUGAUUGUCGUGAUGUCAAAGCAAACAAAAGUGUUGAUUUAUCCCUGGCACUUCUGGAUGUACCUGGAGGUGAUAAUUGUGUUCAUAGUGCUAGGGACCUGUUCCUUUCUAGAGGUAAGGAUGAUAAUCCAUUGCAGAGGCAAUUCAUGCCUCAAAUGGAGGCAAAUGCACAGGCUAACAAGACAGCAGACAUCGACAACGGCAGUGCUCAAACAGGUAAAGGCCUCUCACGAGUUUUUCAUCAGCCUUUGUCCUACAUCAACCUGGAGGAACCAUCAAAUGUCAAAUAUGAAACGGCAGGACAGAUAUGUGAUGCAGCAAAAGUUUCCCUGCCUAAAAAUGACACAAGCUUUGUUCAGGAAUUUUCAUUUCUGCAGGCAAACAAGAAUGAUUUGGCUGUUGUCCCUGAUAUUCAGGAAACCAGAGGCUUAUUAAGCAAUGGCUUCAAUUUCUUAAAGGAACCAUUUGCUCAUGAGUUGCCAUCAGAGCCCAGUAAGGAUUGGUCAAACUUUGAAGGCUCCAAAAAGCAAGACCACAUUCAAGGACUUCAGGGAAGCACACUGGGUGAUCUCAAGUUACGAAGUGUUAAAAAGCAUGUCUUGGUAGGUCGAGCAAGUGGGUGCUCUGCACGUCAAGAGAUUACUAGUACUGCCUCUGGUUUUCAUGAUGGAAUCUCCAGCUGCUUAGGUGAAAGUGGACAAGAAUUUGCUCUUUCAUUUAAGAUGGAAUCCCUAGCUAAGGAGGGAAAAGUCUCUAAUGAAGACAAAGUUGGACAGGGUGAAUGCAAGAUGGUCACGAGUGUGAGGGACGAAAUGCCUCAACACAGAAGGAAGAUCCCUCAGUGCAGAAGAAUCGAUCUUUCAGAUGUUGACAGGAAUGGAUUGGAGAAUGAUUGGAUAUUAGGCCUGCCUGGCGAUUCUGCUAGGUUGCGGACACCUGUAGUGCCAGCACAGAUGGCACAGAAGGUUUUGCAUCUUGAAGAAUCCAUCAAAAUUGAUUGUUCUGUUGCUGGUGGUAAAUUUUGUGCGGGGGAUGGUGACUGCUCAACGGAAUCAUCAGAUGCACUUAUUUGUAUGGCCGCUGAGGUGCUUAUGACAAUUUCAGCAGUUGCAAAGGAGAAAUCAGAUUGUGUUGCUUGGAACGAACCUGAGGCUACAUCGAAUGGUCCAUUGAAAUGGUUUGCUGAUGUGGCUUGUUCAGGUACUGCUGUUCAACCGGAAGCUAGUGUAGCAGUUUCCGGAGGAAAAGUUGACAAUGAUCCUCAAUCAUCUGAUGGGGAUGAUUUCUUCGAAGCGAUGACCCUCAUGCUGAGAGAUACUAAGAUGGAUGAGGACUACUAUUAUAAGCCACACCCUCAGAAUGAAGAACUCAAGGGCCCUGAAACGGAUGCAUCUCCGUGUCCGAAUCAACCAUCUAGGCGAACACCAAGGAGAGGCAGACGGCAAAGAGACUUUCAGAGGGAGAUACUGCCAGGUCUCACAUCUCUCUCGCGGCACGAGGUCACUGAGGAUAUGCAGACCCUUGGUGGCCUGAUGAGAGCAUCUGGCUGUUUCUGGCAGACAGGGCUAGCACGUAAAAAUGGCUGCAAAAGUGGGCGGGGCUCCCCAACAAAGGGACGGCGAUCAAAAGGCAUGGCCGUCGAGGCAAAUGAGGCAGUUCUUGCAGUCCUGCAAUCAACUUGCAAUGCAGAAGUUGAUGAAAAUGGAGGACUGAAGGGCUUCUCGUGGGGAAAGACGACAAGACGUCGCCGGCGUAUGCAGAGAAGUCGGAGCACAGCUGCUCCAGCUUCUUGCAUAACAAAGAAAUAAGUUUUGGACGACAAAGCUAUCCAGCAGAAAAAUAGGCAGCAAGUUCAGAUCCUGUGCAGCUGUCAAGGAGGAUGGUGAUGGCCGCUGCCCCUGUAAAGCGUGUCUAGGCCCAAUUUGUAGGUGGGCACUACUAUUACUUUCUGAUUAACAAUAUUCAAAUAAUGUGCAUUAUUUGGUGUAAUCUGGAGUAGAUAUACAUACAUAUGAUACAUGUACCGCAUCCAGUUUGCACUUCA